UUUUUUUAUGAUAAAUUUUCUACCGCGCAACGAAGUUCAGUUUUUCAUAGCGGUCAUUUAAACCCAAAAAUAAAUAGUUAAAACCAGUCCGAUAAUCAUAAAUUUUAUGUCCACGGAAAACUAAUGGCAUUUGCAACAAAACUAAUUUAAAAUAUCAAAAAUACGACACCGUUAAGUAGUCGAAAAUCAAUUUUAAAAAGUCGCGUCCACAUCGACAAAGCAAAGCAGCUGGUUGUGGCUCUUUACGGCAGACAUUUUUCCUCAUCAUCUUUCGUUGUAUGUGCCAAGCUGUGUGCACCCCGAUUUUCGGUUUUAUUUUGCAACUUUUUUUUUUUGUUAAAUUAAAAGGACUUCUCGUAAUUGAUUAAAGUGAAUGAUAGGCGACUGUCGGUGUUAAGUGUUUAAGGAAGCGAAUGAGUUUAACAAUUGGGAUGAAGCAAUUACUGAAAUUCAAUUUAUAACUUGCGGCCGGCUGCAGAAUCAAAAGCUUCACAUAAUUGGCACCACGUUUGAAACCUAUUUUGAAUUCAUGUGGACAGAACACAAUGUCCAAUUAUUUCACACAACAUUCACAAUAUAAGACACACAAUGAUCCCACAACGGCAACGAAAACCAAACAAAUUAACAGUCCAAAAACCACAACGAUCAGCACAUACCAGGUCAUUCAGAAAGCAGGCCAAUCCGGCGCCAAUUUAACAUCGCCACAAACAGCAACAGGAACCUUUAAAAAUGUACAAAAUACAAACGCCAGUGCGGCGACCACAUAUCCAGCCAAAAUGAAUUCGCAUUUAUUGGACCACGGUUAUGGGGCCACUUUGCAGCCAAGUUUCACAAUGGAUCCACCGAAAAAGGAUAACGAUUUUCGGAUAACAAAUUACUACAAGGCGGUGAAACGUCGUCGCAUGACACCACCUCCGUCUCCCACACCACCGAAACAAAUAAAACAAGAAAUUGUUAUCAAACAAAGUGCAAAGCAGAACAAGAGAUAUUCAGAAGGAACAAGAUACGAUACAUCGUUAGGUCUGCUGACGAAAAAGUUCAUUGACCUUCUUCAAGAUUCACAAGAUGGUAGUGUCAAUUUAAAUCAGGCAUCGGUCACACUAAACGUCCAGAAGCGUCGCAUUUAUGACAUCACCAACGUACUAGAAGGCAUCGGAAUUUUGGAGAAAAAGUCCAAAAACAAUAUCCAAUGGAAAUUGGGCCAUUCGCUCGUCAAUCAGGACAAAUGUGUCCGAAUGCAGGUCGAAUCGAAUGGAUUGGAGCAGAAAGAGAACCAUUUGGAUGAAAUGAUCAAAACCAUUCGCCAUGAGUUAAACUCACAAUUUGAAAAUACCCAAUGUGCGUAUCUGACGAAUCUGGAUAUAAUGAAGUUACCGGUGUUUAAGGAUCAAACAGUUAUUAUCAUUAAAGCGCCACCAGAGGCUAAACUUGUGCUACCCGGCUCACAGAAUCCGCGGGAAAUUCAUCUGAAAGCCGACAAGGGCGGCGAAAUUGAUGUGUUCCUUUGUCCGGAAGCUAACUCUGACGUAGCUCAACCAAUAUCUGAUCCACUACUGGAUGAUAUCAAGCCUUUAAUAGCACCGUUAGUCGAAAAGUUCUUGAGUCCAAGAUUUAAGAAAGAAUCAUCCCUCAAAUAUCCCCACUGUACAACACAACGAAAUCUGAGCAAUUCUCUGUUUGGCGGCGUUGCAUCAGACCAAGAUGAUAAACCACUGUUGCCUCAAUCGAAAUAUGAUUUAUCCUACCAAUCACCAAUCACAUCAACAAUAGCAAGUAGCAACAGUUCAUCGGCUGGCAGUAGUCAAAACAAUUUAGAGAAUCGCCUCAGCGGACAUUAUGUGAAAUCAGAGCCCAGUGGAAAUAAAUCGGAUAGCAGUGAUAGCAGCCGAGACGAUAUUGUACCGCUGAAAAAUGAUGUGAAGAUGAAUCGACUGUUGUUUAGUCCAUUGAAAAAUGGAGGUAAAUCACAAAAUAUGUUGGAUAUAGAGCAUUACAGUCCACAUGCGUCGACUGAUGUGCAAUUGGCAACUGUUGAACAUGCAGAUUUCGAUGCCAUCAGCAGUUUCCUGUCCAUCGAACCACCAUUAGAUACCGAAUACAAUUUCUCAUUGAAUCAUUCAGAGGGUUUAUGUGAUUUAUUUGACUUUGAUUUGUAGUUUAAGCUUUGCUUAGCUUAGCUACAAAACACAAUAUGAAUAUAUUCGCAUAUAUUAAUAUUAAACAAUUUUUACAAAAAUGAUAUAUAUGAAAAUAUGUAAAGAAUGGAACGUCAAUAUGUUCUUUGCAACAAAAAAAAAAAUAUUUGAAAGAAGUCAUGUAAGUUUUCUAUAAAUUCUUUUGUUUUCCCAAUUUUUAUUAAUUUAGUAAAAAAAAUGAAUUUCCUCUGAGAAAUGAAAAAAAAGAAGAUUCAAAUAACUGCAAAUAUGUUGGUCAGUUUAAAUAUUUUUUUUCUUUUUUCAAAAUGUUGUGGUCGUUUGUAAUAUGACGCUUGAUUUUCGUAGGACAAAAAACAAAAAACAAUUAUCGAAACAAUUUUGUAGCACCUUUUUUCCAAUUUAUCUUUAUUAUAAUCUUUAUUGAAAAACACACACACACACACCAUGGUUUUGUAAUUUCAAUCAUUAUCAAACAUCAAGCCAACCAUUCAGUUCGUAUAUAUAAUAAAUAUAUAAGUGCCUGUGUCUUCGUCUCUGAGGUCAUCAUUAUAUAUGCAUAGAUAGAAAAUAGAACUGCACACCUUGCAAUGUUAGUUAAGUGAAAUGUUCUUUCCUCGAAGAAGAUAAAUGGAAACGGUACGACAUAUUAAGUGGAUGGCAGGGGAUUCUAACUCAAUAAGAAGAAGGUUUUUCAUUAAAUUAUUAUUAUUUUUGAAGUCUUACCACCAGUGCGAUGGGGUUUAAUUUCUCAUAGAAAGGUUUUUCUUAAAAUUCUAAUUGGAAUCUUUAAAAAUCACCGACUCCUAAC